AUGUCUGUGGGACUCAUUUUGACAGGUAUGGAAAAUUACUCUCUUUGGAGUCAUGCAAUGAAAGUAGCAUUGUUAGGAAAGAACAGACUGUGUUUAGUUGAUGGAUCAACAUCGAAGGAGGAUUUUGGUCCAAAUCUAGGAAGUCAGUGGGUUAGGUGCAAUGCGAUUGUGACUUCAUGGCUCAUGAGCAAUGUGAGCAGAGAUUUGGUAAUUGGAAUGCUAUUUUCUUCGAAUGCACAGAAAGGGAUUUCGUCAGUAUCAAUUUAUUUCACCAAGCUAAAAGACCUUUGGGCAGAAUAUGAUUCCAUACUGCCACCUCCUACAUCAGCCACUGAGUAUAUCGAACAAUUGGAGUAUCAACGACUGCUACAAUUUUUGAUGGGAUUGAAUGACAAUUUUGAGCAAGCAAGGAGUCAGAUUCUAUUAAUGCCAAGCUUGCCAUCUAUAGAUAAGGCUUAUGCUAUGGUAGUUCAGGAAGAAAGCAGGAAAUCAUUUACUGGUGGUACCUAUGGGAAAACUGGGCAUAAUUAUCCUACUGCGUUGUUUACUACUCAACUACAUCUAAGCCAAAGAGAAACUAUAAUUUAG